AUUUCAUGUUAAAUGUCAUGUUCUUGAAAAGAAGAAGAAUGAGAAGAAGGAAAGAUAGCUGUCAUCAUUACCAAUUAGUUUGGACGUUUGUCAUAAUGAUGACUCAUCUGCCGGUGGACGGCCAAUACAACUGUCCUAACCGAAUGCUGAUUCGUCCGUGUACCUGCACAGAGAAGUCCAUUGGCCUGGAUGUCACGUGCAAAGGGGCCAAUAGCCAUCAGCUCCGUGAAGCUAUUGAAAAUGUCCAACAAACACGUCAGACUGUGUGGUACCUAAAGUUAACAAACAACAGGCUUCCAAAGCUACCGGGGUUACUUCUAGCGGACGUAGACGUGAAAAACAUUUUGCUACUAGGCUGUAAUACCUCCAAUAUUGAUAAACUGGCAUUUACAGGGCUAGGAGACAAGUUGGAAACGCUCGACCUUUCCAAGAACUUAUUGCAACAGGUUCCAAGCGGAGCUUUGGAGACAUUAGGGUCAUUGACCUCUCUCAACCUCAACUACAAUAGGAUUGAGAGCAUCCACGCUUCUGCCUUCCGAGGGCUUAUCUCUCUUCUGAGGCUUUAUUUGUACGGUAAUAAAAUUAAAUUUAUCGACAACCUUGCCUUUUUAGGAAUAGGAGAGAACCUGACACGGCUGAACCUUGGGAAUAACGGACUCACCUCCAUCCCCAGCCAAUCUCUACAAAACCUUACAAUUCUUCGACGUUUUCAAGUGCCCCAAAACCAGAUUACCAUCAUCUUACCAGAGGAGUUCAAGGCUGUGGGGGUUCAUCUGGACACCCUUGACCUUGCUCAAAAUCUUCUGCAGGAGCUACCCGACAGAGCUUUCGAGUUUCUACCUACCCUAAGCUCAUUAGACUUGGAAGGAAAUCGCAUUUCAUACAUUCACCCCGAAGCAUUUAAGGGGCUUGAAG